AUUAUAGCAUCGUCCUCGAGCCAAAAAGUCUCAAUUCUUCCCGGCAAAUAAACCGUCGCUGUUUCCAUCUUCUCCAUGGCCGAAGCUAAUCGAUUGGGCAAGCGAAAGCCGGAAGAUGAUUUGGAGACUGAACCAGUUCUGAAGAAACCUAAGGAAAACCCCGAGGAGAAGGACACAACGAAAGAGCGGAUCAAAGGAAGUGUCGAGGUCGAGUUGUCGGAGACAAUGUCUGAUCAGGCUAAGUUCAACAUGAUUAAUAUUUUUGACAGCAUCGAUUUCUUCAAAGAUGUUGGACAAGUUGUUCGUGUUCUACGUUUUGUAGACUGCAGGUGCAAUCAUGAGGGCAAGGGCCUUGUUGAGUUUGCUUCGGCUAAUGAAGCAAAGAAGGCACUGGAAACGAAGAACGGUGAAUAUUUGUACCAACGCCAGCUUUCUAUUGAUGCGGCUAAUAAGGGAGCUCCAUACAUUCUACCCAAGUAUUGCUUAGAUUGCAAGGUUUGCAUCAAGUUCUUCAAAGACGUUGCAAAACCUGUUAGUGUUCGGCUGAUUGUAAACGACGAGGGUAAGCAUGCGGGCUUUGCCUUUGUUGAGUUUGCUUCCGCUACCCAGGCGAAAAAGUUUUUCAUGACUAAUAUUUGUAUCCUCCAUAUCUACAGCAUUGGUUUCUUCAAAGAUGUUGGACAAGUUGUUCAUGUUCGACUUAUUGUAGAACCCAGCGGCAAGCAUUUGGGCUAUGGCUUUGUUGAGUUUGCUUCUGUCGAGGAAGCAAAGAAGGCCCUGGAAACAAAGAACGGUGAAUAUUUACUCGAUCGCAAGAUUUUUCUUGAUGUUGUUGAUUUUCCACACCCUCCAAAACCCAAGUUUUGCUUAGAUCACAAGGUUGGCGUCAACAGGUUCAGAAAUGUUGGAAAAGCCGUUCGUGUUCGACUUAUUGUAGACCACUGCGGUGCGAGUAUGGGCUGUGGCUUUGUGGAGUUUGCUUCUGCUGACGAAGCAAAGAAGGCGGUGCAAGAGAAGAAUGGUCUUGCCAUGUAUGUUAACAUGGCUGAGAUAGCUUCUCCAUACCCUUUCCGACCCAAGUACAACUUGUACAAGCUUGCAAAGAAGCUUUGGUAUGAAGACUAUCUUCGACAAGAAGUCAUUGGUUUGAAGAUCACACUGAAGCUGAAGGAACACAAGAAACAGCAUGAACACCACCUUCGACGAGUAAGUUUCUGCGGUAACAAGAUUACCUUCUCCAACGACAACGACGACGACUGA